UUGCACCACCACAACAUGCUGCUUGAUUUCAUUUCCCGUGCUGCGAUGGAAUCAGUACCGCGUGUCCACCAGCGCGCCCUGAACUAUAACUCGCACUACAUGUAUGUCGGCUGUACCCGUCGUACUACAUGCUCCCUGUGUUCGCGAUCAUCGUGAUACUUCUCGUGGUGGGCCUGUGGGUGGCCUUCGUUGGCCUCACGUCCCAGCGCGUGUCUGCCUUCCUGGGCACGUUUGUGGCGGUGACGAUACUUUCGGCGUAUGACCUGCACUACUGGCGCAAUGAUUGCGUUUGGGCUUGCGUUGGUGAUGGUGUUCGUCCCAGCGUUGCACAAAUAUGGGCCGUUUAUGGUCGGCAUGGGGUUCGGUGCGACCGUCCUUGACAUCGUGUCCACCACAUUCGUUGCUAUUCUUGACACAUACGUUUCGUACGCGAUUCAUUAUUGGGUGUUGUUGGUGUUGCUGGUCGUCGUAGCCCUCGGGUGUGGAGACAAGAACGACACAUUUCUCAUCAUGGCCACCAGCUGCACUGGCGCGUUUGCUGUCUCCAGCGGCAUCGUGGCUGCCAUUGACGUCAUCUUCAACCUGCGCAGCGUCGUUGCCCAUUUGGCAAUCUUGCUCGGUGUUGGCGUCGCCCUGAUGGUCGCUGGCAUGUUCCACCAAAAGGCUGCCUUGAACAAGCUCAAUGCGCCCCUCCCGAUUGCCACCCCCGUCAACGACAAGCUUGAUUAUUAACUGGUCCUAACAGUAAAAUAACUAAUCAUUCAUAUCUAUUUUCACUCCC